UUCCGGGCUGUGGGUGUCGCUGGCCAGGUGGCUCCAGUGCAGAAUCACCGGGCAUCUCAGGGCAGGCAGCAGUCAGGGUGGCCCGGGGACGCGCUCACUCUCUGGGUGGCUGCACACACGUUCCGCUCGCCAAUAUAACCCUGCUGCCGUGGGCACAGAGGCGGGAGCUGUGCUAUGGAGUCCAGCACGCUGAGCAUCGUCCUGGGCAUCCUGGCUGUGCUGCCGGCUGGGGGGGCCCUGGCAGACUUCGACCAGCGCAAGAUUGGGGGAUUCUGGCGGGAAGUUGGUGUGGCUUCGGACAAGAACCUGGCGCUGAAGACCCCGAGGAGGGCAGAGGGGGUGUUCCUCACCGUGAACGGGAGCAACCUGAUUGUGAAGGUCGUGUUUAACAACUCGGGAAGCUGUGAGACAGAAACCACAGUGGGCUCAGAGAGCGACCCUGCAGGAUUUGCUUUUCCUGGUCACAGGGAGAUGCACGUGCUGGAUACGGACUACGUGCACUACGCCAUUCUGCGGCUGUCCCUGCUGUGGCGGGGACAGGACUUCCACGUGAUCAAGUACUUCACUCGGAGUCUGGAGAAUGAGGAUGAGCUGGGCUUCAGGAAGUUCCGGGAGAUGACAGCAGACACUGGCCUUUACCUGGUGGCCCGGCAUGGUGGGUGCGGGUGCUCCAGGAGGCUGCUGGGUGGGGGCCCUCCUGCCUGCCCUCAUGCUGGCCUGUCCACAGGGAGGUGUGCCAAGCUUCUGAAGGAGGUGAGUGGCGUCUCCAGCCUGCUGUCCUAGGCCCCAUGCGACCCUGGUGGUCCUUGGGGCCCCAGGCCCUGCCCUGGGCAGGAAGACCAUGUGUGUCUCCAUGUGGGGCUCACCGCUGUCCCUGUGCCCUGGGGCCACCCUUGCCCUCAG